AUGUUCGAGAACGACUUCAAGGGUUGGACCUCGUUCCCCGAGGGCGAGUUGGUGUUCGAGGUGCAGCAUCGGCCCAACGAGCUGGCCGUCUGGCUGGCGGGCCACCCGGACAAGGCGGCCGUGGUGCCCGUCCAGGAGCCCAGCGACAAGCUGGUGGUGACGCCUUACCUUCGGAGCUACGUCAUGCCCGUCGAGUUCAUCGGCAACAAAGCCGAAUGCAGCGACACGGAGUUCCGGUGCCUCGACGGGGACUGCAUCGACUCGGUACGUCGCUGUGACGGCCAGAAGCACUGCGGCGACAACAGUGACGAGGACGUGGUACUCUGUGACGGUGCAAUUGUAGGCUGCGGCAGAGGCGGCCCGGGCCCUGCGACCCUCGUGCAGAACGGCAACAAGACCUCCAUCGAGUCCGUGCCGUGGCACGCGGGCAUCUUCGUCGAGGCCAAUGGCCGCCUCCAGAACGUGUGUGGCGGCAGUCUCGUGUCCCCGUGCAUCGUUGUUACAGCUGCGCAUUGUCUUUUGCAAGGAAAGAUAUUUGUCGCUCUGGGCAAAUUUCUCAGUGGCUGGCAUUCUGAAUCCGGGGAAGACGUUCACAAGACUGAGGCAUGCACGAAAUUAAUGGGUGAAAAGAAAUUUUCAAGCAUCUCACUAUUUUGGGGUACAUAUCCAAGCUGGUUUUCCCACAUAGCAGUGCUUGAACUGAAAAACUGCAGCCCCAUCAGCAAGAAAAUUUCACCAAUCUGCAUUGAUAAGAAUGUGAAGCCCGUCUUGUCAGCUGACGUCAAGGUCGCUGGCUGGGGCAACGAGACGACCGUCUUGACGGAUCUGGCGUCCGUGACCCUGACGCAGCUCACUUUCGACGACUGUUUGGCCCUGAUGACAAAGAAUGGUCCGCACGUUGCUUACGUGACGCUCGACAAGUUUUGCGCACAGCGAAAAAGGGGCACACCAGAGUCGGGGCUGCUGCAGGGCGACAGUGGCGGUGGUGCCGUUGUCAUGCAGCAUGGGUCCUGGUUCCUGGCCGGGGUCGUGUCCGCCCGCCUCAAAGACGGGAACGACAGGGAUAUCUACGCGCUCACCGACGUGUCGCAGUACGUGGACUGGAUCACGUCAUUCGUCAAGCCGUGACAAUUUAGAGGCAGGAUGAGUGACAAUCCCGCGCCCAUUUCGUCAACUAUUGUUUU